AUGGCCUAUGACCGCUACGUUGCCAUUUGCCAUCCACUGCAUUAUGAAACCGUAAUGAGCAGAGGCAGAUGCAUUCAACUGGCAUGCUUUGCAUGGACAUUUGGCCUUCUAACAGCAACAUUGCACACUGGGGCCACAUUUGCAAGUCCCUUCUGCUCCAUCGUCAUCAACCAGUUCUUCUGUGAAAUACCACAGAUGCUCAGACUAUCCUGCUCUGACUUGUAUAUUCUUGAAGUUGGAGCUAUUGGUCUGACUGGCUGUUUAUAUUUUGGAUGCUUCCUUUUCAUCCUUGCAUCUUAUGUGCAGAUAUUUAAAGCAGUGAUGAGAAUCCCCUCUGUACAAGGAAGGCAGAAGGCCUUCUCCUCCUGCCUGCCCCAUAUAAUUGUACUAUCCAUGUUCUACUUCUUUGGUGUCUUCGCCUACAUGCGGCCAGUCAAUAGGAUUCCAUCGCCGAUGGAUCUGAUUGCUGCUGUAGCCUAUUGUGUUGUGCCACCAUUGAUGAAUCCAAUAAUAUAUAGCAUGCGAAACAAGGAUAUCAAAGGAGGACUCUGGAAACUGAUUGCCUGGAAAUCCCCUGGGAAGACCAUUGUCCAAUUGUCACUGCUCACUUCAACAUUUGCUCCUUCAUGA